AUGUCCCACUUUGACAAGGUCGACCCCUGCUUCUUCAAUGACAUUAUUGUUUUGACAGGCCAUGCCAUAACAAUGGAUUCCAGCUAUGCGCAUGAGAGUACUCAGCCCAAACAGCGCAUCACAACGAUUGUCUUCGCCGUGUUGGCCAUUUUCUUUUUCACACUAAGAAUAAUCGCUCGGCGCUUGAAGCAAGUUCACCUAGGACCGGAUGACUGGACUCUGGUUGCGGGAUUGAUCUUUACGUUGACUAUUGCGGGAGUCAACCUCGCCUGUGUUGAAUAUGGCAUGGGCACGCACACGUCUAUCAUCCACCCUGUCAAUCUAUCAGUGGUUUUCAAGUUGAUCUACACCUUUGAACCACUCUAUAUUACAACAGCCGGCACCAUCAAAUUCGCCGUACUGCUCAUGUACUAUCGCAUUUUCCCCGUCCGCUUCAUCAAAAUCGGCGGUUCUAUUCUUGGCGCAAUUACUCUCGCUUGGGUGAUAGCCAUGGACUUCCUAGCCAUAUUCCAAUGCUGGCCAAUUGCCAAGGGAUUCAAUCCCAUGCUGCCUGGUAAUUGCAUCGUUCUCAAAGGCGCACUGAUCGGGAACGGGGUACCAAACUUUGUGGUGGACAUGUGUAUUUUGGCUUUGCCAGUGAAACUCAUCUGGGGGUUACAGGCGAGUCUAUGGAAUCGAGUAUCAAUCAUCUGCGUGUUUUUGACGGGAAGUUUCGUCGUGGUUGCGAGUAUCUAUCGCUUCAGCCUCAUUUUCAUCUUUGAUAUUAACGAUGUGGCUUGGACCCUCGCCGAUGCGCAAACCUGGUGUGUCGUCGAGAGCGCUGCAGGUGUUAUUUCCGCCUGCCUACCUACUCUCGCACCUGUUAUCAAACUUUUCACGAAAGGAUUGGCCUCUACCGCUCGUUCGCUCUCAAAAUCGAAUCUAACGCAGUCUGGAACUGGAGUUAUUUCACAUGUUGAUGCUGGAGAGGCAGGGUUGAUUGGUGGAGAUCACAAGGUUACGGUCACAGCUGGUGAAGCGCCUCGUCAUAGUGGGAACUAUUCGCUGGCAGAUAUGAGCCCUAACAAUCGGGGGAGCUCGCAUCUAAAAGCCAAGGGCUGGACGAUGAUAAGCGCAGAAACUGAUAGGGAUUCAAAGUAA